UCAUCACGUCGCUGGAAUCUUCAGCUGUCAGACUUUGGCCACCCCGGCGAAGGUUUUGUUAGCAAACUCGAACAGCUCGGCUUUAUUCAAAGUUUUAAGUUGUGCAACCUGCUGCUUAGCGCCCUGUGAGCUGUUUAUUUUUUUACGCCCCCAGGCUUGCACCAAGGCAAAUAGCCUAUUUUGUUUUUUAAAUAAAAAUCGCCGCUGGAUCUUUGCACCCGCGAAGCAGCGUUCCAGAGCGGGUAGAGUAGAUGCAGGGAGGGAGGGAGUAAAAAGAAGGCAAAAGUCUUUGUGCUUCCCUUCCCCCUCAUCAAAGCAACGGGGAAAUGUCUCUAUCUAAAGCAGGUAGGAAGAGGCCCCCGGGGCCAAAGCUGCCCAAAGAUGCAUUUUCACCUAUGCCACAACAGGCUACAGCGCCACCUCGAGACCUCGACUCUAAAGCUUGCGUCACCAUCGGAGAUCGGAACUUUGUGGUUGAAGCUGACGACUUGGAGCAGAUCGAAGAGCUGGGGAGGGGCGCCUAUGGAGUGGUGGACAAGAUGAAGCACGUCCCCAGUGGCGUGAUCAUGGCUGUCAAGAGGAUUCGUGCCACGGUCAAUACUCUGGAGCAGAAGAGGCUUCUGAUGGACUUGGACAUUUCCAUGAGAACAGUAGACUGCUUCUAUACCGUGACCUUCUACGGUGCCCUUUUCAGAGAGGGAGACGUUUGGAUCUGCAUGGAACUGAUGGACACGUCUUUGGAUAAGUUCUAUAAAAAGGUUAUUCAGAAAGGCCAAACAAUUCCCGAGGACAUCUUGGGCAAGAUCACAGUAGCAAUUGUCAAGGCUUUAGAGCAUCUCCACCAUAACCUCUCAGUAAUACACAGAGAUGUGAAGCCCUCCAAUGUCCUGAUCAACAUUCACGGCCAAGUGAAAAUGUGCGACUUUGGCAUCAGCGGCCACCUUGUGGAUUCCGUGGCCAAAACGAUGGACGCAGGCUGCAAGCCCUACAUGGCGCCUGAAAGGAUCAACCCUGACCUCAACCAGCAGGGCUACAGUGUCAAAUCAGACAUCUGGAGUCUUGGUAUCACUAUGAUCGAGCUGGCCAUUCUGAAAUUCCCCUACGACUCGUGGGGUACGCCUUUCCAGCAGCUCAAGCAGGUGGUGGAUGAGCCGUCUCCACAGCUGCCGGCAGACCGCUUCUCCCCCGAGUUUGUAGACUUCAUCUCACAAUGCUUAAGAAAGAAACCGGGUGAACGACCAGCCUACACAGAAUUAAUUCAACACCCGUUUUUCACUCUCCAUGACGCUAAAGAGACAGAUGUGGCCAGCUUCGUCAAGGUCAUCCUGGAUGAUUGAUGGGCUCAAUCCAGGCUCCACCUCGUCAGCGUGGGUGGGACCUGUCAUCCAAAGAACCAAUGUCCCCACACCCCUAUUUUUUUAAAAUAAGUUUAAAAACACUCACUGGAAUGAUGGACUCUCACGCACCCGCAGAAACAGAAGGGCAACUCAAAGACUGACAGCAGCUCUGGACAGGGAGAGCGGCGGUAACGUGGACUUUUUACGGUCAACCGGGAGAGGUCCCAUUCACUUCUCCUCUCCAACCUGACAAAAAUAUGAACAGAAUGAAAUUAGCUGUUUUAACCCCCUCCACCACCUCCACUCCCCCAAGCUCUUUUCAGAGUGACAGAGCCGGCUCAUUAUAUGUUUUGUGAAAUGUUGAUGAAUUUCGUUAUGUUGCCGUGUGACGAAAGCUAUAUUUGCGUAUUUGUUUUCAUUCUGCCUCAUAAUACUGAACUUUUUUUGAUACUGUUUAUAAUUGACAAGCGUGAAUACUACAAGACUCGAUCUUUCCUUGUCUGACCUGCUUCUGCCACGAUGUGAUUGGUCAGAGGAAGGGCUGCACACUGUGGGAGGCUCAGGGGCUGAGAGAAAACUGAAUUGAAAAAAAAAUGUCAGAGGGUCACCUUCCGGGCAUGGGGAGUCAUUCCUGGAGCGCUCGAUGGUGUGAAUGUAAAGCGUCCCGUAUCAAGUUCGAUCAGAGGCAGUGACCACUCUGUGUUCUUCGUCUUUCUCGGGUAUCAAGGAGUCUGCUCCAGUGUUGUGAUUGUUACUACCUGAUAGUAUUCAGGAUUUGCAUAAUCAAGCUUAAAGCUUUAUCUCUUUCAAUGUGCCAUUUUUCCAAUUUGUUCUUAUGAAAAACCGCAUUAAUAGUUGUUUUUUUUCUCCCCCAUUUUCCAUUUUUAGACUUGUUCCAUCAAUGUUUUCUCUGCCUCUGCUGAUCUUUUAAAAUCUGCAGUCAGUAUAGUCUUUUUUCUUUUUGUAAGAGGCACUUAUGUUUUUUUUUUUUUUUGUGUGUGUGUUUGACUGUUUCCAAGAGCUCAAUAUGCCUUACAGAGACGGUGUGUUAGGGAAGUAAUUUAUAUGCUGAAGAUGUAAAUAUUAUUUCCUAUUUUUUAAUGUAACCUGGCGCUGUCCACACCUGUCAAAGUGUAUCCGAACGGUAGUUAGUCUGAAUGCAGCGAGACACGCCGACCGUUCUCAGAUGGCCAGCUGAAUACCAGACAUCUCGCAGGACCGAUGUGCUGUCAGACUCCACUGCUCAGGUUUUCUGUGCUCUUCCAUACAGUAUGCAGAGAUUAUCUUGUUUGGCAGGCAUUAGUUAUUUCUGUCAGACCACACAUACUAUGCAGAGGCUGUUUUCCUACUCCGAAUGUUCAGAAACCAAUGAUAGUACGACGGGCCAUCUGUGCAUCGUCACUCUGGUUUGCUACUUAAAAAAA